CAUGGGAUCCCUGUUGAAUGAAUGAAAACUCUUGGUGUCUACAGUCUUCUUUCGUCUGUCAAAUGGCUGUAUAUUAUUGUUUUUAUUUUCAUAAACAUCGAGUUUAUUUUCUGUUAUUGCUAUAAAAAAGAACACGUCUAAACAUAAUCAAUUAACAAAUUUAGUCAUAAGAAUAAUCAUGGAUGAACAUUCUCACGUUAAAGCUGACGUCGAGAUGGAUCUCACAGAGAUUCCACCAAUACAGCAAAAAAGAAUUAUAACGUUCGUUAACCAUUUCAUAAUGACCACCGUCACGUAUUUGAAUAAAUUUUGCCAGUCUUGUGAAUCUCGCUUUAUGGAGUUCGAGUACAAGAUGCAAAAGGUCGAGGCAUCCUUACUAAUUUUAGAGGCACAACUUGCCUCUAUCCCUGAUGCAGAACUUCAAAGUAUUAAUGAUAAAAGCAAUAUUGUAAAAGAUAGUGUUAAAUCUGAAGUGAAACCUGAUCCAGCAGAACCUCUACUGGAAGAGAAUAAAGCACAAGAAGUUCAGGAACCAGUAGGCGUCAAAGCGUGUGAACACCCCAUAUACGCAAGGUUUUUUAAAAUGGUUCGGGUGGGCAUUAGGGAACCAGCCGUUAAGCUGCAAAUGCAAGUCGAAGGACAUGACCCAGCCAUCCUAGACAAUCCAGAUGGAAUAAUUAGUUAGGUUAAGAUGAAUGAAUGAAAUAGUGUAAAAACUGUUAAUUUUUGUAAAUUUUAAUAAACAAAAGACACAAUUUAA